AUGGUAAUGGAGUGUCACCCGUCAAUAGCAGUCCAAGCAUUUAAACUCGCAAUGAACCGGGGGACGCCGUUCCACUCCAGCUUGGUGGUUAAUACGCCAAAGACAAUGGACGAGCUAAACGAGAGAGCUGACUGUUUUGUUCGCCUAGAGGAGGAGGAAGCAGCUAAUUCAAGGAAAACAUCAAUUAUUUCGACGGAGGAGAAGUCUAAAGCCAAGAUCCGGCAAAAACAAGGUCAACCGCAACGUCACCCCUCGUGGAAGGCGGAGAAGAGGCCCAGGGAGGAGGAAUCAGUCACUCCACUCAGAGUCACUUUAGCAAGGCUAUACCAGGAGAACAAAGAUAAGUUUCGUCCUCCUCUGCCAAUCAGGAACCUAAGGAGGCAGGGUCUGGCACAAGAGCAUAACCGCCCGACUGAACAAAUAAAGCGGAACCAGAGGCCGAACCAACACAACUCCCAACCCAUCGGGAUUAUAAAUGCAAUUCAUGGCCGGCCUGAACAAACGACGGAGUCAGAAGAGUUACUCAGAACGAGGUUAUGCCAGGCCCAGCUGAAAAGAAGAGUUGGCAGUGUGCAUGCUUUGCACCAGCAGAACGCGUUCACAUCGAUAAAGUUUGAUAAAACGGACCUGCUACGCGUUCAGAUCCCUCAUGAAGAUUCACUAGUCGUCAGUCUGACGAUUGCAGAAUGCCUGGUUCGGAGAGUCCUGAUUAAUCUAGGAAGUAGUGCGAAUGUCAUGCCCAGGGUGACGUUCGACCGAUUGGAGAUCGAACCUGAAAAACUCAAACCCACAGGGAAUCCAUUGCUUGGAUUUGAUGGGAAGCGAGUGGAACCCAUUGGAAUAGUGGAAUUGACAGUACAAGCUACUGAGCGGGUUUUGACUGAAACUUUUGUGGUAGUGGAAAUUUAUCCACCAUACAACCUCUUGAUGGGCAAAGGAUGGAUUCACAGAAUUCAGGGCGUUCCGUCAACCUUACAUCAAGUGAUGCGAUGUUUGGGUCCAGAUGGGACCAAGGUGAUAGAUACACACAGGGACCAGGUUGCGGCUAAAGAAUGUUAUUCAGUAACUUUGAAAUCUGCUGGAAAAGGGAAAAAUCCCAUCCGUUCCACCAUUCCAAAAUAG